CAUGACCAGCACUGGCAGUUUCAGGAUCUCCAGGCCGGCCGGCGGUGUCGCACGCUGAUGACGCGGUGUCGCACACUGUUAGCCUUGCCUUGUCGCACACCUACUCCAUCUUUGUCUCAGUCAUGUCUCGGGGAUCCAGCGCGGGGUUUGACCGGCACAUCACCAUCUUCUCCCCCGAGGGCCGGCUCUACCAAGUGGGUGAGUAACCGGGGGACCGAGCUGCUGGCCAGCCCAGGAAACCAAGGGGGGGACACCGGGCUCCAUGGCUGCUGUGUCACGCUGGGCCUACAGGCUGAGCUCUGUAUAAUAUAAUAAUAAAAUACUAUAAUAAUACCAUAAUAAUACCCUGAUACCAUAAAAUACUAUAAUAAUACCCUGAUACCAUAAAAUACUAUAAUAAUACCCUGAUACCAUAAAAUACUAUAAUAAUACCCUGAUACCAUAAAAUACUAUAAUAAUACCCUGAUACCAUAAAAUACUAUAAUAAUACUAUAAUAAUACCCUGAUACCAUAAAAUACUAUAAUAAUAAUACUAUAAUAAUACCCUGAUACCAUAAAAUACUAUAAUAAUACUAUAAUAAUACCCUGAUACCAUAAAAUACUAUAAUACCAUAAUAAUACCCUGAUAUCAUAAAAUACUAUAAUACCAUAAUAAUACCCUGAUAUCAUAAAAUACUAUAAUAAUACCCUGAUACCAUAAAAUACUAUAAUAAUACUAUAAUAAUACCCUGAUAUCAUAAAAUACUAUAAUAAUACCCUGAUACCAUAAAAUACUAUAAUAAUACCAUAAUAAUACCCUGAUACCAUAAAAUACUAUAAUAAUACCAUAAUAAUACCCUGAUACCAUAAAAUACUAUAAUAAUACCAUAAUAAUACCCUGAUACCAUAAAAUACUAUAAUAAUAACAUAAUAAUACCCUGAUACCAUAAAAUACUAUAAUAAUACCAUAAUAAUACCCUGAUACCAUAAAAUACUAUAAUAAUACCCUGAUACCAUAAAAUACUAUAAUAAUAACAUAAUAAUACCCUGAUACCAUAAAAUACUAUAAUAAUACCAUAAUAAUACCCUGAUACCAUAAAAUACCAUAAUAAUACCCUGAUACCAUAAAAUACCAUAAUAAUACCCUGAUACCAUAAAAUACUAUAAUAAUACCCUGAUACCAUAAAAUACUAUAAUAAUACCCUGAUACCAUAAAAUACCAUAAUAAUACCCUGAUACCAUAAAAUACCAUAAUAAUACCCUGAUACCAUAAAAUACUAUAAUAAUACCCUGAUACCAUAAAAUACUAUAAUAAUACCCUGAUACCAUAAAAUACUAUAAUAAUACCCUGAUACCAUAAAAUACCAUAAUAAUACCCUGAUACCAUAAAAUACCAUAAUAAUACCCUGAUACCAUAAAAUACUAUAAUAAUACCCUGAUACCAUAAAAUACUAUAAUAAUACCAUAAAAUACUUCAUUGAGAUAAAGUGGUCUAGUUGGCCUUAGUGGUCCUUUAAACGUUACCUUUAUCUUUCCUUUGUCGUUACAAACUAGUAUUUAGAAAAUGCAACAGCCUGUACUGUCUUUUUGUUUGUUUGUUUUUCUCACUUGGAAGCUGCAUGGAUUUUCCUCUUGAAUGUGGUUAUGAUCAGUAACCGAAUAAUUUACAGUAUAAAGUUACUACUGCCUUCACUGUCGUCCUAUUUUAAUAGAUCUAUUGAUUACACCCACCUAAUAAUUAUUUUUUCCUGUCAACUACAUAAUUGCAGGCAACCUAGUGGACUUGCAAUCGUAGAUUUUGAUUACAAGUAUGAAAAAAUAUUUCAUGUUCUGCCCUGAAGCUCCUUCAAAUAACCCUCUGAAUUUGUUCAAGAAGAGCUGUACACCUUAAAGGAGAAUUCUAUAACAACUUAAGCUCAUUGAAGUCUAUAUGGGGACCAUCUUACCAUCAGGUGUGAAAUAGUUUUCCAACUGUUUAACCUCUGGCGCCAAAAAUAGCUGCCACCCCAUCAACCUUCCUUUCUCCCGCUGGCAUACGGGGCAGGUUUGGAGAAUGGCUGGUGAAAGGCUUAAAACUUCAGCAGGUUGCUCUUAGUCUAUCACUUGCCGCUUUAGUGAAAUUAAUAGUAUGUAGUAUUUUUCUCAAUGGACAACCAUUGAUAGACUGACAGCGUCAGCUGAUGCUCGCAGCCUGUCACCUGCUGCCUGGCAAUAACUUGCCUCUUACAGCAGUGGAAUAAAGCAAGGGGGUCAGUUGGCAGCCGCGUCAGGCGCCACAGAACCACCAUCAGAGUUAAACCACUGGAAAAUGCUUUAACCUUCCGAAGGAAGGAUGGCACUCGAACACUCCUGCCCCCAAAAAACAACUUUUGUAAGUUAUCGUAGAGAUGUGAGUGUUUCUUUGAUCCAUUGUUUUGUUUUUCUACUUCCUUGUCUCUCCUGCACUCUGUUGAAAUCGGUUUGAAUAAGGAAGUCAUGUAGUGAUGAUCCAAACACCAAGGAUGGGAAUGGAAACCACACAUUAUACAAUCACUUUGCAAAUUUUAAGCUUCUUGCUGCAGGGAUUGGAUUGUAAGCUCACAUGAGCAGGUGCCUUAGUACUUCUUUACCUUGAAGGUUAUUUAAUAUAGCGGAGUGCUAUAUUUUGUGUAAGGUAAGGGAGACACAAGCUUCCCCUUGCAAGCUGCAACACCGCACAUCCAGACUCCUACCACCAUGACCACUUCAAAAAGUAGAAGUGGUCAUGGUGGUUGGAGCAAUGUUUUCUAAUAAGUGUAAGUAUUAAUAUAGGCAUUCCAAUCUGUAAAUUAACUCUUCUAAGACAACAAUUUACCAAGAGGUCUCCAUUGCUCUCUAGUGCGAACUCAAGUGUACAGGACAAUUAAAAGGUGCUGAUGAAUGUAAAAAGGGAAAAAGUAGCUUUACUGUCGGCAUUUAUUUUUCUUUAGUAAGUGUCGGAAUAAAGCAAUCUGUCACUUCGUACAUUCGUUUUGCUAUUUUUCAUGCAUUUUUAGUUUGGCCAUUACAUAAACCAGAAGAAUGUUGAUUAUUAUUAAUUAUAAAGCGCCAGUAAGUUCCAAAGCGUAAUGGGCGGACAUGUAUUUGUAACCAGACGAGUUGGAGCUUACAUGCUACAGGGAGUGGGGUAAUUCGACACAAAAAAGGAAGAAAAGUAGGUUGCUAGGAUAGUGUUCAUUAAGUAUUUUAAACUAUCAGUCAACUGAGUGCACACUGCUUCAUUGGCAGGAGUUGAUUAUGGUGUGGGACCUCUUCCCUAUACAUCAGCUUGUGUAGUUUCUAAAAAUGUUAGGUAAAUACAAUUCCCAAUAUGCUGUUAUUGAAAGAAGGCAAAAUCCCAUUUUUUUUUUUUUUAUAUAUAUAUGUUAAAUGUUUAAAAUGAUUUGGUGGUAAAUUUUCAGCAAAAAACCCCCCAACUUUUCCUUAGAAAUUUCUUGCUAAAAUUGCAUUCUUUGUACAUUUUACAGGGAACUGAAAGAGGCCUUGUUAUAUACGUGUUUAGGAGAAAGAAAAUUGAAAGUGAAAGUGAUUGUGGAAUAUCAUGGACACACCUUGUAACUUGCACGUUGAUUGAUCACUGAUAUGGUGCUUUUUUUUUUAUUUAUUUUUUUUAAGUUUCAUUCAAAGCACCAUAACAACUUUGCAUUGUCCUGGUGGAGAGAGACAGUACCCUUCACUCAACAUAAAUACUGAGUGACUUAUAACUAAAGGGAUUUCAGCAUAUAUUUAGAGCUAUAAGCCUGCCUCCCACUUCUCUCACAUAUCAAAAUGCUUAUUGAUCAUCUUAUGUGAUGCUUUGAUCUGUGGCUCGGGGAUAAACAGUUUAUCCGUUAACCUCUGUUUGACAGAGAAUUGGAAAGGAUCAAACCACAUGACCAGAAUGUGAGGCUUAUAAUUGGUGGAGCCUUAGUGGUCAGCGAGGAGUCUGUCACUGAAGUAUUUUGUUCUAAUUUUUUUACUGCAAUAUCCAUAGACCCAAUUAAAAAUUGUGGGGUCCAUAUUUGCUAGUUAUGUCAUUUUAAAGGGAACCUAUAGUCCCCAAAAUAACAGUCAUUAUUAAAACUACAUUAAAUAAAGUUUACUUUACUCAUUUUUAGCCCUGGGACUCCUCCACUGCAGUCUGCAGCUCCUCCUCUAGUGAUGUCAGCAUCCAAGCUGACCACCCACGAUCUCCUCCAAUCCAUUGCUUUCCAUAUAGAACUGGGCAUGCUCUGCCAAACUGUGGCCAAGCUGUGGUCCUCCAAUCAGAUGCUACAAUCCGCAGCAUUUAAUCCCAGGUCCGAGUUUCACCUGGUUCUCGAGGAGGAUGGCAUAUCUAAUGGCUGUCAGAAAGCCAGCCACUAGAGGGGUAUUUAAUCCUGCAAUAUAAGCAUUUCAGUUUCUGCAAACCUGUUAAAAUGAAAGAACCACUCCACCCAGACCACUUCAUUGAGAGGUGUCUUGGUGACUUUAGUGUCCCUUUAAAGUGAGUCUGUCAUGGUGAUAGCACUUCCUUAUGCAGUCAAUGUUUAAUUUAUCAAUUUGUAUAUUUCAUUGCAGUAGGAGUUGUUAGUAGAAUACAUUCCCUAUAGCACUACCAUCAUGCAAAGUUCAUGUUUAUUACACUUGUCUACUUCCUGCUCCCUUUCUAGAUUCCAAUUUAGGAAUACUUCAUCAUGGAGCAGGGCCCUGUUCCUGUAUGUCCAGUUGUCUGGUUACAAUUACAUGUCUGUUAGUCCACCCAUUGUACAGCGCUACAGAGUCUAAUGGCGCUAUUAAAAUAAUAAUAAUAUGAAUGUCCAACAAUUCAUGGUUUAGUGAAUUCGUCUAAAAACCUGUGCACAAUCACAUAAAUUAGUGAUGCUCGUAUUAGAGUCCAGAGUCACCUUUCUCGUAUCGGUGCCACCCAAUAUAUAUAUAUAUAUUCGUAUUUACAAGGCAAAGUCACGUUUGGAAAGUACAUUAAAAACUCCUCCUUUUUAGCCUAUCCCACUACUAAUAUGUAUGUGGUGUGUAAAUAUUUUAAUUAUUUCUUUCUUUGUUUUUCUGUUGACUGUUACAAAUAAUGUCUUGACUUUAAAAAAAGAUAAAACACAAAAUUGACUGACAAAAAGCUGCAGAUACUGACUCCAUGCACAAUGACCACUUCAAAUCACUGAAGUGGUUAUGGUGCUUUCUGUAGCCCUUUAAAAGGACAAGUGGAUGGUUUUCUUGGCUAUUACAGUUCACUCCAUAUUGCGUGAGCAGCGUGAACAAAUAUCAGAAAUGACUAUAGACCUGCCUGUUUCUAGUGGUCAAGCUGUUAUAAGAAAUCACAUUUAUAAACCUGGAACUAUCCAUUUCGUAGGAAAUUUAUUUUUGUGACAGACGAGGACUCUAUGAAAUGAAAUCGUAUUUUCCCUUUAUUUUGGAAGGAAUUUCACUAAUCUGCAGUGAAAACGUAAUCCUUUCACUUUCCUUUCUGUUUUUUUAACACAUCAGGAUGAGCUACUUCAUUUAUUUGUGACCUCCAUUUUUAAUGCAUGAUAAAGAUAAUACUUUUUAUACUUCUAGAUUUUGGCGCAAAUAUCCGCAUUUAACAUCGUCUUAUGACUCUGUCCACACCAAGGAGUAACUAGAGCAGUCAAGAGCAUCGGAUUCUGAUCUGUGUAGUAUGAACUCUUGGACAUGUGUAACCCAGCAUUGUGAGCGUUCAACUGCAGCUUGUUCAUUAGCCGUUUAAAGGGACACUCCAGGCACCCAGACCACUUCUGCCCAUUGGAGUGGUCUGGGUGCCAACUCCCACUACCCUUAACUCUGCAGGUGUAAUUAAUGCAGUUUUCAUAAACUGCAAUAUUUAUCUUGCAGGGUUAACUCCUCCUCUAGUGGCUGUCUACUAGACAGCCACUAGAGGACACUUCCAUGUUCAUAGAACACGAAAAGUGUGCUAUAACGACGCUAGACGUCUUCACUCUAUGUGAGGACCUCCAGCACCGCUAAAAUCCCCAUAGGAAAGCAUUAUUCAAUGUUUUCCUAUGGGGAGGUCUAAUGUGCGUGUGCGGCAUUGCCGCGCGUGUGCGGCAUUGCCGCGCAUGCGCAAUAGGUCUCCCCCGCAGUAUGACGUCAGCGAGGGAGUAGCGUGGGCGGACCCUGACCCAGUGGAUACAGGUAAGUCACUGAAGGGGUUUUAACCCCUUCAGCAACUUUCGGUGGGGGGGAGAGGGGACCUGCAGUGCCGGGAAAACGGGUUGUUUUCUUGGCACUGGACAGUCCCUUUAACUUUUUACAGAUUAGAUAUGUGACCGUCGCUAGCCUCUACACACAACUUCUCUGUCUCUAAUCCAUCAAUGUGUCUUUUCCAAACUUGCCUUUUGGUGUAUGGGGAGGGUCUGGCUAGCAGCUAUAACAUUUCUCUGUGCACAGCCUCACUUCUGCUCAGAGCAGGGUUUUCUGGGACUUAUUUCUGUUAAUAAAAGCUAUUUCUUUGAAGGGACUCUAUAAUCACCAGAACUACUACAGCUUAGUGUAGUUGUUCUGGCGUCAAUAGCAUGUCCCUGCAGCCUUGUUAGUGUAAACAUUGCCUUUUUCAGAGAAACAGCAGUGUUUGCCACUGGAGGUGACCCAAAGGAGCAAUGUAGUCACUCAGACAGCUGCCAGAUGUGCUUUCUGGGUCAGUGAGGCCCAAUGUGCCGCACUGACGUUCAGCAAUCUCUAUGCUCUGCAUUGAUUCAAUGCAUCUCUAUGAGGAGAUGCUGAUUGGUGCAGCGUGGCUUUUUGCCACUUAUGCCCAAUAGUCUCCAAAUGUUUUCAUAUGGGAAAGCAUUUGAUUGGCUGUGAUUAUCAAAUCUGAUUAUCUCAGUUGGGGGGGCUGUGCACUUAAAUUACCAUUUAAACCUAUAGUGUCAGGAGUAAAUAUUUGUAUUCCUGACACUAUAGUGUUCCUUUAACUACAACUUAACAGAACAUUUAUUGUGCUCUAUGAUGGCCUGUCUUGCUAUGUUAAAGUAUAAACCUUACAGAUUAGUAGAGUGUCAUGGAAAACGUGGGCUUAUAAAGUUGCAAGAUUAUGUACCUAGGUACAGUAACUAGCAUGAACAAAGUAUUUUAGAAUUGAGUAGGUGGAACAAAUUUAAAACUUAAAGCGUCAUUGUCACACUGAACUUGCCUUUCUCCUAUUGUUUCCUCUCUCAGAAUCUGUUCCUUUUUCUGAUAGGCACUAAUUUGUUUUAUGUAUUUUUCCUACGCUUGACUUUCUGUGACCAAAGCAGGAGCUUAAGUCAGCUGAACUUCCUGUGGUCAAAUUUACUCACCCUCGUCAUUGAUAAAGGAAAUUAAACGGACUUAAACUCCUCCUUUGGUCAAAGAAGACAAAGUGUAGGAAAAAUAAAUAAGACAAAGUAGUCCCUAACGGUAGGUUUGGCACGACAGUGUCGCUUUAAGAUCCAAAAUAUUGCAAAACAUUUAUUUUAUUUGCCAAAUGUUUAAAAGCUGGUCAUCCAAAAAAAUAUAGCUAAUUAUUUAGGAAAAAGAAAAAGUUUAGAUUCACAAAAGUUUUGUUGAGGCAGUAAGUGUUCCAUUAACCCCUUUGUGACAGAUCACAUUAUUUUCCAGUCCUAGGAAGUCUUUUAUCUGAUUUAAAAAAAAAAAUGUAGGUUAGUAAAUUCAGUUUUGUUGAUUAUUUUGCGUUUGUUUUCAGAAUAUGCCUUCAAAGCUAUCAACCAGGGUGGGCUUACAUCUGUCGCUGUUCGAGGAAAGGAUUGCGCUAUUGUUGUUACACAAAAGAAAGUUCCUGUGAGUAUUUUACAUCAUUACUUUUCCUCUGCCUGACUCCAGCCUUGAGCAAUCAUGGAAGAUAAAUAUGGCACCCUAAUUUUUGUUCAUUGAGUGGGGUGUUGGUAAAACUCCAAAACCAUAGAGUUGUCCAGGUAACAUACACGUUGGAGAAUAUAAAGUGGAACAAAACUUCCAAAAUAGUUGUUUUUAGGUUUGCUGUACUCCCUUCUCUAGUUUGGAGAAUAAUAAAUUGCACAAUCUUGUAAUUUUCACAAAGUGUGUUUUUUUUUGUUUGUUUUUUGUGGGUUUUUUUUUUAUAAAUAACUCUCUCUAUCCUCCAGGACAAGCUGUUAGACUGCAGUACAGUUACCCAUUUAUUCCGAAUAACUGAAAGCAUUGGCUGCGUGAUGACUGGAAUGACAGGUACUCUUUCUCUUUUUUUAUUAUAUUGAAUUAUUAAAGGAACUACCAGAGUAGUUUGCCGAGCCAUUUAAUGCAAAUGCCUGUGCCCAGUGUGAGCCUGGAAGUGAUUAUGGUGCUUGAUGUUAAUGGUGCUUAAUGUUCUUUUAAAGUGUGGCUUUUGUUUUGUGUAUAAAUCCAUUAUACGGACAAUAUUGUGUUCCUGUGCACUACAACCUGGCUAUUAAAUGUGUACAUAAUGGAUGUCAGAGACUGUUCUGGAAUAAAAUUAAGAUGCUGCUCACAUGGGACUUAGGGGACAGUGUCCAAUACUCUAUUUCAGUCCCACAGUAUUAUGUAGUAUUGAUAGAAUAGGCUGCAGCGUGCACGGUUAUUAUAGUAUGCUGAUUUAGUAGUUAUGGUGCCAUUAGGCUGCUGGUGUUGUCUUCUGGUUCUUGGUCUAAUCAUUUUGGAGUGGUUUGACCAACAUGUGGGUUUCCUGUGCCUAUUUCCUGUGCCUAUUCCCUGCUCAGGUAUUGCUAAUACAGAAGUUUUUGUUCACAUGUUAAAGCCACUCAUUGGUUAAGUGCAUUAGGAACUGUGGAGGAAAUCAUAACCAAUGCUUAGGUAUGUAUUGAAUAUAAAGCCUAGACUGCCCCUUUAAACAUCCAGACCAGAGUAAUUGCUGCCUUCUGCCUAUAUGUUGGGCAGUAUUGCUUGAUGCCACAUACAGGUUUAAACCAUCUCUGCAUUAGCCUGGUUGGUUCAGUCUGAUAAACUCACCUGUGGUCAUUGGAUCACAGUGUCCCACCUGUAGAAGAUGGUACUUUGUCGUAGCCUUGCUUGACUGGCUUUCCAUCACUGAUAAAUUAUCAAAUCACUAGGCAUCUUCUUAGCAAGUUGGUAAUGGUCCUGGAUGCAGCAGCAUGGCCCAGCCCUGGAGGUGGCAAUGCCUAUAGGCCUCUCUUUAUCCUCCACAAUAUUCUACUAUACUAUGAAUAAGCAAAACAUACAAGUAUUUCAACCAUUUUAGAGGUACGGAAUCAAAAUGGCGAAAGCAUGGCUCAAACAGAUAAUCCAUCCAUUGUGCCUCUUGUCUGUUUCUGACCCUUCCCUUCAUCUCUCUUGUUAGCCGACAGCAGGUCACAGGUACAGCGAGCACGUUACGAAGCUGCAAAUUGGAAGUACAAAUAUGGCUAUGAGAUUCCAGUUGAUAUGCUGUGCAAACGGAUUGCCGAUAUCUCUCAGGUGUACACACAAAAUGCAGAAAUGAGGCCCUUGGGAUGCUGUAAGUAGCCUUUCACCCUGUCUAUGUGUGUGUACUGAUCUGAUUCGUACUAAUGUGACAUACCACUUUGUCAGCGAUAAACUGAUGCAAAUGCCCAUCAUUAAAUACCACUAAAAUCCACCACUGUCUUUGACUUUACUGCAUAGUGAUAAGGCUAAGUUCCACUAAUUAAGACUUUAACUUGUAUUUUGAGUGUUAUUAAAAGUGCGCGUAGUUGAUUUGAAAUGAAUGCCAUAUAUUUAAUUGACUACAUUGAGUUCACAAAGCUUUCUGUGCCUAAUCCUUACACAAGAUUAUUUAAUAUAACACUAUAGUCACCAAAACAACUUUAAUUUAAUGAGGCAGUUUUGGUGUAUAGAUCAUGACCUGCAGUCUCGCUGCUCAAUUCUCUGCCAUUUAGGCAUUAAAUCACUUUGUUUAUGCAGCCCUAGCCACACCUCCCUGCAUGUGACUUGCACAGCCUUCAUAAACCCUUCCUGAAAGAGUCGUCUAAUGUUUACACUUCCUUUUUUGAAAAUUAUAUUUAAUUUAGAAUUUAUCUCCUGCUCCGUUAAUAGCUUGCUAGGACCUGCAGGAGCCUCCUGUAUGUAAUUAAAGUUACAUUUACAGAGCAUUUGAUUCCCUGACUGAGUUUAACUUGAUCUGGAGGAGGAAGACCGCCACUAAAGGUUUCUAAAAUUGCAACGCUUUUUAUUGCAGUUUUAAAAUUAAGUGACUGCUUCACUCGGAUUGUUUCAUUGAGAUUAAGUGUUCCUUUUAAUUGUUUGAUUUUUUUUUUUUUUAUACAGCCCUUUCCCCUCUUUAUAUUAAGGUUAUUAAAGUUUGCUUGCUGUUGCUAGCACAAUGUAGGAAUAAUUUUCCUUGCCCUGCCUGAACACUAUUAAUUCAACAAUAUAGCGUCAGAAAAACAAACAACAAGCUAAAGUGCUUUAGGGGUCUGGAGUUUCCCUUUAAGAAGUUUGUCAGCAAAAAUAUUCCAAUGUAAUCCAGUAUAAUUAACUUACUAAAGGAAAAUACAAUACGUUUCUACUAUUCCGGUUAUAUCUAAAUCAAUGACACUGCAAAAAGCUUGGGGAUUGUUUGCAACCCAGCCAAAAAACUGCUGAGCUGGAAAAGAUGUAAUGUGUCACCACUAAUUCAGCAGCUUCUUCUGUAAUUCACACGAAGUGAAAGGCAAUCCGCUAGGUCUUCACAUUUGUCCUUUAGCACGUGCUUUAGCUUUUUAAAUCAAAUAGUGUAUUCUUAGACAAUUCUACGAUUUAUUGCUUUAAUUUGUCUUUGAUUUCCUGCCAGUUGUAUGAUUCAUUCUGCUUUGUUGGUUACAUAUUCAUCUUGUGGCUGUUUCAGGCAUGAUCCUAAUUGGAGUCGAUGAGGAGCAUGGACCGCAGGUCUAUAAAUGUGACCCCGCUGGCUAUUACUGUGGCUUUAAAGCCACUACAGCUGGCGUCAAGCAAACAGAGGCUACUAGUUUCCUUGAAAAGAAAGUGAAGAAGAAGCUGGACUGGACCUACGAGCAGAGUAUUGAGGUAAGAUGAUUAGCCACACAUUGUUAGCACCAAGUUCUGCUUUCCACUUUCUUCUAUCCAAUGUCUGUUAACCGGUAUUUUCUUGCCAAAUUCUGCCUUCCAUUUUGCUGUUUAUUGACCACUUCCUUUUGUCCAUAACACAUUUCCAAAAAUAACGGUUACAUCAUUCAAAAUAAAAAUGCGUACAAUAUUUAGAAUGUUUGUUUGUGGUGUCCUUCAUUUUGAAGCACUCUAUGGUCUUGUCAAAAGCAAAACCGAUUACUUUGGGCCAUAUUGAGUGUGUUUUUGUUUUUCUCAUCAGAAGACUUAAAUAUUUACACUCCUCCAAACAAACUAAAAAGCAAAUCAUACCAAGAUUCCUACAUUUAUUUAUUCAUUUUUUAGUUCUUUAUGGUAGACCUUUUCCCAAAUAUUAACAAUAGAGCAAGAUUAACAAUUACAAAAAUGCACAGUGCAUUUAUUAACAAACAAAAAAAUCACAAACCGGGACUAUAUGAAUUGGAGACAAAAUGGAAAGGUUGAUAAAAGGUGAUUAAAAUCAAGGCUUUAAAAUGUGUCCAUGCUUGUUGUAACAUCAUCUUUUACUGAAUUUCAGACUGCAAUUUCCUGUCUUUCCACUGUUCUUUCCAUUGAUUUCAAGCCAUCUGAACUUGAGGUUGGGGUAGUGACUCUCGAUGACCCAAAAUUCAGGUAUGUGUGGCCUUAACACCUCUGUCACUUAAUUUAGCAUAUGUUGUGAUUUGUUCAUUGAGAUUGAUGAUAUGCAGCUUUGUGCAUUUCGGUCAGUACCCCUGCUAGGUUUGCCAAGUGCAGCUUGCUUUCCUACGGAUUUGAAUAUAUUCGAGGACAUGAGCAAUGUUUAGGAGUAGGGGGCACAAUAGGUGGGAGGCGCCAGAGGAAGACUGUAGGGGGAUGAGGAAUUAAAGGGAGAGCUAAUGGGAUCCAAAUCCAUUUUAGAAGAAGCCGGCCAUCAAUUAAUAGAGUUUGCUUCUAUAUUCAAUAGAAAAUUAAAGUAGGCAGGGGUAUCUUAACUUUACCAAAACUACCAAGCUACACCCCAUUUAGCAUACUGUCUCUCUAUAGCAGACAGAGGAAAUGUUUGCGACCUCACCCAUCACCUUUCCUGACAGUGAAAGCAGGCUGCCUGGCGCACUGAACCGUACAGUAACAGACCUUUACAGAUCAAGGAGAAGCUUUUCUCCAAUAACUAUGACGUGUUAUUUAUUGAUGAUCACGUCUCAUUGUUUUUAUUAUAAGGUUCACUCUUCCAGCUUCCUUUUAAUAACUAGGGUCUCAACGAAUGUAUCAACCUUCAAUUACCACCAAUCUGUUUCCUGUUUAGCUAUUUCGGACAAAAAUGUGAAAUUCACAUUGAAUUUUUUGAAGCUCACACUUGCAACUAUCAGAUAGCCCUGGCAAAUGUGGGCACUGGGUUCGUAAAUAACCCUUUCACUUUGUGUAAAGGGAGCUAAGUUAUGCUAACCUCUUUUGCCCUAUCUCCCAUCAUACAGAUAUAUAAAGGCAUUUAGCAUAUUCCUGUUUUAUAUUUUCAGGAUCCUCACAGAGGCCGAGAUUGAUGUCCAUCUUGUUGCACUAGCAGAGCGUGACUAGUGCCAUCAUGUCUGUCCAGAAAGACUUCACUUUACGCGCUACAUACACAUUGAUUUGUCUGUCUUUUUGGGGUUUUUUCCUCCUGUAUAAAUAAAGCAGAGCUUUUUUGAAUAUGAUCAUUGUUUUUUAAUUUGAAAGGAAAUCAGUUUGGAUGAAUCUACGAAUGCAUUGUUUUUCACAUAUGUAGCCCAAUGACCAUUAUAUCACCA